AUGUCUGCAAUUGUAGCAACAGUGUUAAAAGGAACCAUUGGCCUUCUCAUAAAGAAGGGCCUAAAACGUGCAUCAGAAAAACUAAAGGACGGCGACGUUACAGACCAACAAUUACAAAGCUGGAUAAUGGACGAAACAGACAACGUGAAAUCGAAGCUAGAUGCAAUGGCGAGGAAAGAUCUCGGGGCAAGCAUAUCCUUUUUCCGGGAGGGAUUAGUGUUGCUUGAUAAAGCAAUGGAUGCGAGAACCCGGGACGAAGGCGGUUCAAAAAAUGUGAAAGGGGCCAACCAAGUCAAAAGCAGUACAAAAGUCAGUCCUGAAGCAGCGAAAAAGGGACGAUUUUGGUCCAAGUGGUUUUCUUCAGUUGCUUCUCCAACGAAAAGCCUCGUGGACCAAGGUAAAAACGAAUUAUCUCUUAUUACGAGGGAAAUGGACGCCGAAGCAAUCGUUGACGCAAAGAAGAGGUUUGAAGAUGCUCGACGGAAAGCAACGGAGGCUUUUAACAAUGAAGUCCUCAGCCCUUUGGACCGUAUCCUUGCCAUGGGUGUUCGUCUAAUGGCAACAAUACUGGAAAAAGUUGAAACUCCAGUGAGUACAUUAGACGCGUGUAUAUCUGGCCUCAACGAACUACACUCGAUGCCGUUUGUUACAGAGAAUUUUAGCUUUGAAAUCGAGAAGGGAAUCAAGUCAAGAUUUAGCAAGGUUGAGCGAAGGCAAAUCAUUUCCUCCGUCUGUCAAAUAAAUCGUACCAUUUACGAUUUCACGUUAUUGGUGGGUAGUGAAGAAUGGAUCAUCUUUUGGCCCUGCAUUGAAACCGGACAAGAGAAGGUCGACCCCCUUCGUGAUUCAAGAGUGGCAAACAUACUGUGUAAGCAAGAGAUAAGCGAUUGUUCUUUAGCUUGGUCAUUUGGUCAGGAGAGUGAACAAGAGCUUCAAAACCUCAAGUCAGCGGUUAGUAUAGCAACAAAUACCCUCGGGCAGUUCCUUGUUGCCGACUCAACUGGGAACGAAUGUGUGAAAAUAUUUGACGCCACUGGUAAGUUUGUAAAAUCCUUUUCUCCUACAGAAGAUAAACGCAUAAUACACAACAGAAAAAUCAUUGCUGUAGGUACUGACAAUGACGACAACAUUUACGUGCUGAUGACCAAAAACGAAAAAGCGGAGAGAGUUUCUAUGGCUAGCAUGCUCCUCUUCAACCAUCACGCUCAGCUCAAACACCAUUUUACCUUUGAUGUCCAGUUCGAAGCUGUGACAACAAAGGCGACAGCUAGUGGCCUUCUUCUUGUACCUGGACAUUUGAGUCUUGGCGGCCGGACAACUUCGAAGAACGUAAUGGCAAAUGCAGACAAACACUAUGCAAUGAUAGUAGAUAAGAGAGGAAACCGUAUGGACCGCCUUUGCGACGACACAUUAGGACGUAUCAGAGAUAUCGCAGUUGCUGAUAACUGUGUCAUGGUGUUAGAUUGGUAUUCAUCCAAUGUAUUUGUCUUCGCUGACAAGUCUGCGGGCAAAGAGUAUCGACCCACUUCAACUUGCCAAGAAAAAAGUCGUCGUUGCGAGUUCCAUUUAUCGGGUAAUGAUAAAGAAGAUCUUCCCUUUUCACGAUUCUCUAAAAUAAGAAACUUUCCAGUGGGGAAAGUUGCUCGUGCCAUAACGUUUCAUCCAAGAAGCAAACACGUCAUCAUUGCAUCACAGACAAAAGAUGACCGCUCACAACUGAUGUUUUACAGCACCGAAGGCAAAUUUGAACGCAGCAUUGAUCUUAACGUGGAGAGGGGCUACCUAAUAACUGGGGCUGCAGUGACAACAGAAGGUCGCAUCUGUGUAGCCGCAUCAAAUUUCUUGGAAGAAAAAGGAAAGAUCCUAGUGUUGUAAUAGGCUGCUAUUGUUUUAAGGCAGUAGUACUUAUGGCGCGAACUCAUCUUUUUCGCAUAGAUGGCGUACACAUCAACCAUAACAUAUGAAAGUGAAAAUGAAAACUUUUUGGCUUGACCGGGAAUCGACCCUGACCUGUACGGUGACCGGACCCAAUAGUCUGUCCAUUGAGCUAAUCAAGCCAACUAGAGAUCAGGCUAUAGUGUUCCGAAUAUUCGCAAUGAUUCAAGUGACAACCAUAAAGAGGGAACACGUAGGCGCGCAUGAUUUGGGUACAAUUUCCCGCGCCCUCAAAUUUUUCGUUCGCUCUUCUUUCUUUCUUUAUCAACAAAAACAAACAAACCAAACAAAAAAAAAAAACAAACACAAAAGCAAAAACAAAAUAAUAAUAAUAAUAAUAAUAAUAAUAAUAAUAAUAAUAAUUAAAAAAAACAAAAAAACAAAAGGAAACAACGGUGUGAUACACUAUAACAGACUAAAGAAAAAGUUCGAGCGUAGGAGCGUAGGUGAAUCACGGCAUGGGCCUCCAUGUAUUUCGAGUUAUUGCCCUGCCAAAACAUAUAAGGGCGUUGAUCUAACUUUAUGAGGGUAUAAUUAUAACAACCUUAAAGAUAAGUAAGGGACGAGGAGGGAGAUCGGAGGAUUUGGGGCUUAAUACGGUAAAAGAUAGCUGAUCCCCCAUUAAAUGUUAUUUUACGAAAGUGAUCCUUCCUCGUAACUCUUAAUAACUUUCGUGACCCCCCCCCCCCCAAAGUUUUUGCACCCACACUUACCUUUCGAAGUGUAUAUUUACUGCCUUUUUUUUUUUUUUUUUUUUUUGCACAGAAAAGAUCAUAAUCAACGUCAGGACGGAAGAAGGGCAACAAGAGGAUGCCCCCCCAAAAAAAACAAUUGCCCUUUUGGGUUCUCAAUUACGAAUGAACUCAACUUUUGUUCUCCUACAAAUUAAGUGACCUUUCCUCUCCCCCCCUCCCAUCAAAAAGAAUCCUCCGACCAGCCCCCCCCCCCCCCCCGCGACAAAUAAUGACUGAUUCCUAAGUUCACAAAUGUGUUAUAAUACUGAUGAAUAAUACUGAUGUCCUUUGUCCUUGGGCAAUCAAGGCUAUGUAUAAUUCACUGUUAGGAAUCACCUUGCCCCCAAUUCCUUUGAUGAUAUUGUAUAAGUAGUUUUGUCAUAAUCCGUAAGGGUCACCUUUCAGUGACUUUUGAUCACUUUUGAAAAUGUAUGUUAACUAGCGUACGAAACGUAAAGUUCAUAUAAAAAUGCGAAUGUCUACAAUGUUUAUCGACGUUGUACAUGUGUGCGUGUGCCUUUUUUUUUAUCCGGCAUCUCAAGGAAACACGGACCAUCACCUGUGUAAUGACUUCUACAUUAAAUUUAGCAACACGACUCGUGAUGAAUUCUCGCUAGAAACUUCUUGUUCAGUAAGGCAGAGCUCCACUUGAAAAUUAAAUAAGCUGAUAAAAACAAACUAACAGAUAAACAAACACAAAGAAAGCCGAGACGAAACAAUCUCUUAGUUUUCCCAAAGGGAGAAUACUCUUGCAGAAGUGAACUUUUUUGAACGAUAGAAUUGCUUUUUUAGUUAUUCAAACGAUUGAUUUUUCCCAUCCCAAAUUACUGAUGCUCAAUCGGACUUUGUUGGUUAAGGACUUUAUUUCAAAGUUCGAAAUUUGACGGCUGGAUACAUGGCAACCAUAUAGUCGAGGUCACCCACUGACUGCAAUGACCGAUUUAUGUCUCCAACUGACACAAGAAUUGUCUUACAUGGUUUUCUCCAUGCUUUAGAAGCCUGUUUGGUUAAUUUGCAAUUAGCCUAAAAGCUAUUUAUCUGUUCUGAUGUCUUAGGGGAACUUAGGUGGUCACGACAGUUUAAGGUGUUUUUUUCGUCUCACUCGAAAGUGUUAAUUUAGUUACCCUUAUGGGUCCGGUCGCCUUGCUUUCAUUAGAAAAUUAUAGGGGACGUUUUGUCCUUGUACCGAAAGCUUUAGGCCUUUUUUAACAAUAAUAGCAAUAUCUCGCUAUUAAAAUGUGAAUAACACAACCUUUGAAAAUCAUAGUUAGGCUAUUAGAAAAACUCCGAAUAUUUUAGACGAAUAGAACGGUUAUCCCGAAAUUUUUAGCUUUUCUCAAGCUUCAGAAAUUUCUAGGCAAUAUUUGCUCUAGUCUGCUACAUAGCGUGACGACACUAAAAACGGCUGUGUAGCAGACUAUAUUUGCUCCUUCGAAUAGUUAUUUUGCAGAAAAAAGUCGCUGGCUGCCCCUGUAUAGUUGCUUGCGUGAUUUGUGUCCCUAACUUUUCUCGGCGAAAUUCGCGACCCCGUCAUUAAAUGCAAAUAAAGAUGACUUUAAAAUCUUCAAGAUGAAUGGGCUUUCAUGCGCAAAUUCAGGAGCAAGUUUUAUUCUCACGUGUAAAUUGACUUUCACCCUUCGAACACUCUCGUCUCCAUGUCGUACCCAAUUACUUUUUUCUUCAAUUGACUUCAAAUGAUCUUUUAAAUCAAAAUUGUAUAAAAUUCAAACUUUAAUAGCGUCAAACUUAUUAAACAACACUUUAGCACUUUCACGUACUGUUAAAUUUAAGGUUUAAUUUAAGGGGCUAAUCAAUACCGCAAUACCGUAAGAAAAAUUGGCAAAUACGAAGUACCGUGUCGAAAAUCGACGAAGUACCGAUACCGCAUUUAUGAUCGGUCACGCUGUAUCCAUCUCGCGUGUUUUUUUUUUUUUUUUUUUUUUUUUUCUCAAGCAUGUAUACACCAGCACUCAACCUCUAGUCAGCCUUCCCGAGAAAACGUGAGAAGGUCUCGAAUUAAACGGUAGAACGAUCGGAAAGCCAGGUCAUUGGAUGUCCCACCAAUUUCCUGAUCAUAGAGUAACUGUCCGAAAUUGUGUAUUCAUUGACUGUUAAGUCUAAAGUCUUCCAAAUAUUGACCUACAUUAGACAUAAGAGGCCAAAUGACCGGCACCGCAAUACCGUGAAAGACGUCUUCUUUUACCGAAUAGGGCUGGAUGAUACUGCAAUACCGCACAUUAAAAUCAAAAUUACCGAGAUACCGCUAGAAAAAAAAAAAAGCUGAAUACUGCAAUAUAAUACCGUAAACCCCCAUGUCCCCCUCAGCUGUUGGCAAUGACUACGUUGGGGUUUUGUUAACAGAAUCAAAAUCUUGCUGGAACCUUUUCAAUGCACAAAAUUGGAUUUAUUGCACAUAUUAUGAUCAACAAAAACCACCACCAUGCCACCUCUACAUUAAGCAACUAGUAAUUCAUACUAUGAGCAGCGCCUUCAUCUUGUGAUCCGUACCAGUUGCUGUGGAGGGUCACAUAUAAUGGCCCAUACGGGGAUGCUCCACCCAAAAGGGACCUUUUUCAGGCUUCAGGUAUAAGAAAAGGUAGGGAAGUCAAAUACGUCCUGGUUUUAUGAUAUUCAUAUUUAAAAGACAGUGCAUUCACAGCAGUUAAAAGUUGAAGGGAUGCAAAAUGAUUCUAGACUAAAUCAGGUGAGAAAGCGGUGACAUUUAAUGUCAUAUAAGGUAUACGAAAGCGGCACCUUGUCUGUCAAAAAUGGUAUAUAAACUCCGACCUGUAAGGAGUGGACUCUGGUACUGCGCCUCCGCUAUCAGACUUUGCGCAGAUCAGCACGAGGUUAUGAGUUUCAAAACAUUCGUGAUGUUUUGUGAAUGGCCGGUGAUUGAUCGCUACCACUUAUAUAUGCCAUUUGAAGCUUUCUUACUCAAUCAGUUAGACUGUAUUCGUCUACGGAAGAAGACAUUGCAUAAUCGGGUUAAGCAGCUUGGCGUUGUGAAAACUCCUUAACUGAAAAUGUCUAUGACGUCCAUACACAAGGUAUGUUUUACUUUACGUUUACUUAAAACUACAUUUUCACAAAUUUCAAUCCAUGGCCAAUUACUGGUGAAAAAUGUAUACGGCGAUUGGACAAGGAAAAAACCACUUUUAAUGCGAUUGAAAAAUAUCGGCAUGGCCUCUGAAAAACUGUAUUGAAACACCUAAAGACUAAAAAUGAUAUUACCUAAGAAUACUGCUAAUAACGGUAAUUCAAUCGAGUGAUCCGCGUCAAAAAGAUUAGUUGAAUUGGAGACGGGGAUAGGAUGAUUUAUAUUCGGAAAACUGGGCGUACCUCUGAAACAUUUCUCACUGCCUACAGUUACUCCCUGUCGGUAAAAAGUAAUUGGAAUUCUUUCAAGAAAUAUGCGUUUUUAUUUACCUUUGCCCACACGUACAGUUACACUCUCAAUUGGUAAAGAAAAAACAAAACAAAACAAAAACAACAGUAAAAACAAAAGCGGUAUAACCACUAUCACGAAUUUCGCGUUUUCACUGCUAGGAAUGGUUAACGUGCUUAUUCUUUUCCUACUCUAUGUCAAGCCUUUUUGAUAUCUUUUUUAGUUGUCUAAUUUAUUUUUCUUUACUCAUACAGAUUGCACCUUGGUCAGAAAUGGCAUACCACAAAGUUGUCGACCUUCCCCGCAAAGAAGGUACAUGUGAUCUGACACUCAUCAAACUAUGAGAUAGAAUUAAGUUCACUCACUGCAUGCUGUAUAAUUACUAGAGAUAAUCCCUGAUUACGUAUCCGCGUUCGUCACUUACGGAAACGAAAUCGAGUCAAAAUGAGUCCAAUUUCGCGGCCCCUGGAAAAAUUAAAAGGUGCGGCUAAUCAACAGUCGCCCAAGACAGCUCGAAAAUUCUGCCUUUAUGCCACACGAACUCCAGCAAAGGAUGCGUUCUGACGAACGCGAUUUUUGCAAAAGCUUUUUUAAAGUUCUCCAUGCUCUCAACUUUUGUCAAGGGCGUUGUCAUCCUCGUGACUCGAAGGACUAAGAAAAACGAGAGAAUACUGGUAGUCGCAAUCCCACUGAUGUCGUAGCCUGCGGAAACAUCCAUUUCUCCUCGCUCCUCGCCGCUGGGGACGUUUCCUCCGCGCGAAACGUUUCCAGCGGCGAAGAGCGAGGAGAAACGAAUAUUUUCGCAGGCUAUUGAUGUCGCAAUAUCUUUUAAGACAAGACAAGACAAGACAAAACAAUGCUUUAUUUGGAGUUUUAUACAGUCCUAUGUACAUCGACUUUAUCCAAAUAAACUAAAGCUUUCUUGCUCUAUCAUUGUCAUUAACAUUGAUACCCAAAACAUAAUUUAUUAUGUCAAUAGAGAAAAGGAAAAUCUAAUGGGGAUCUGCUUUUCAAAACACUAUUUAAUUUGAGCGAUUUUACAAAACUAAUUUCGUCAUAUGACAUUUGUUACUACUUUUCAGAAUCGCCUUCAACGAUCUCGGAAAAUCACAGCAAUUUUCCUGCUGCUUUCGCAUUGGUGGAAAAGGCAAAGAAACCAGGCAGUUCUAUGACACUGAUGGGUGGAUUUUAGACCACACUAGAUGGAUCUUGAAAACAACGAUAUCGGGCUUGUUCAGAGCAACAUGUCAGUUGGCGGGAAAUUCUAGAUUAAAGAUUAAAAAAGUUAAUUAUUGAUAUCUGUUAUUUAAUCCACGCUGUUUAAGCUCUAUAGAAAGGUAACACUUCUCCAUUCCGCCUAGAUUAAUCAUUUCGAUUACAACGGAACCUUGUGUAAAGUCUGGUUUGCUUACGCUGCGCGAUCGUUUGCGCCACUUUAUUUUUGGCAGUCUUUAAACAGUUCUAUCGCAAAACGAGGAAUUAAACCUUUUGGAACCAAACAUUUGCAUAAAUAGAGGGUUUAGCGUAUGUAAUACCUCUUGAUAGUAGAGAAUCAGAAUCGAUGAUUCCUAAUUAAUUUGAUUUUUGGUACCGUCAUGUGAAAACCGAGAAAAAGUAAAAUUUGAAACAUCUGUAAGGGUGCGUUCCUUUGGGAUGAUUCGGAUCAGGAUCAGUGAUCAGAGAUCACUCGGAUCAUGUUAGAUCAGAUGAACCGAUGAAUCCACUCUGGACAUGGAUUCAGGAGGGGGGUGCUCGGGAUUUAAAGUGAUAUUUGCUCCUUCGAAUAGUUAUUUUACAGAAAAAAGUCGCUGGCUGCCCCUGUAUAGUUGCUUGCGUGAUUUGUGUCCCUAACUUUUCUCGGCGAAAUUCGCGACCCCGUCAUUAAAUGCAAAUAAAGAUUACUUUAAAAUCUUCAAGAUGAAUGGGCUUUCAUGCGCAAAUUCAGGUGCAAGUUUUAUUCUCACGUGUAAAUUGACUUUCACCCUUUGAACACUCUCGUCUCCAUGUCGCACCUAAUUACUUUUUUCUUCAAUUUGACUUCAAAUGAUCUUUUAAAUCAAAAUUGUAUAAAAUUCAAACUUUAUAGCGUUAAACAACACUUUAGCACUUUCGCGUACUGUUAAAUAGGUUCCUUCAGGAAUACCACGCGCGUCAGGAAGGGGACAUUAGGGGUUAUCCAAUACCGCAAUACCGUAAGAAAAAUUGGCAAAUACCGAAAUAUCGUGUCGAAAAUCGACGAAAUACCGAUACCGCAUUUAUGAUCGGUCACGCUGUAUCCAUCUCGCGUGUUUUUAUUUAUUUGUUUUUUUAUUAGAAAGAAUGUAUACACCAGCAAUCAACCUCUAGUCAGCCUUCGCGAGAAAAAGUGAGAAGAUCUCGAAUUGAACGGUACAACGAUCGGAAAGCCAAGUGAUUGGAUGUCCCACCAGUUUCCUGAUCAUAGAGUAACUGUCCGAAAUUGUGUAUUUAUUGACUGUUAAGUUUAAAGUCUUCCAAAUAUUGACCUACAUUAGACAUAAGAGGCCAACUGAACGGUACCGCAAUACCGUGAAGGACGGCUUCUUUUACCGAAUACUGUUACCCAGAAGGAUGAAAAACCGCAUACCCGCAGGGCUGGAUGAUACUGCAAUACCGCACAUUAAAAUCAAAAUUACUGAGAUACCGCUAGAAAAAAAAAUCUCGAUGCUGCAAUACCGUAAACUCCCAUGUCCCCCUCACCUGUUGGCAAUGUCACGGUUUUGUUAACAGAAUCAAAAUCUUGGAACCCUUUCAAUGCACAGAAUUGGAUUUAUUGCGUAUCUUAUGAUCAACGAAAACCAUCACCAUGCAAGGUGCUGUCACUUCUGCAUUAGGCAACUAGUGAUUCAUAUUAUGAGCAGCGCCUUUCAUCUUGUGAUCCGUACGGGGGUGGGGGGAUAACUUCAGAGUGUCGUGUGCGUGCUUUCACCUUUAGCAUCGAAUUCCUGUGGAGGGUCACAUAUAAUGGCCAAUACGGGGAUGCUCCACCCAAAAGGGACCUUUUUCAGGCUACGGUCUAAGAAAGGGUAGGGAAGCCGAAUACGUUCUGGUUUUAUGAUAUUCAUAUUUAAAAGGCAGUGCAUUGACAGCAGUUAAAAGUUAAAGGGAUACAAAAUGAUUCUAAACUGGGUCAGAUGAGAAAGCGGUGAUAUUUGUCAUAUAAGGUGUACGAAAGGCGUACCUUGUCUGUCAGAAAUGGUAUAUAAACUUCGACCUGUAAGGAGCGGACUCUGGUACUGCGCCUCCGCUAUUAGACUUUGCGCAUAUCAGCACGAGGUUGUGAGUUUCAAAACAUUCGUGAUGUUUUGUGAAUGGCCGGUGAUUGAUUGAAAGCUUUCUUACUCUAUCAGUUAGACUGUAUUCGUCUACGGAAGAAAACAUUACAUAAUUGGGUUAAGCAGCUUGGCGUUUUGAAAACUCCUUAACUGAAAAUGUCUAUGAAGUCCGUAGACAAGGUAUGUUUUACUUUACGUUUACUUAAAACUACAUUUUCACAAAUUUCAAAAAUGUAUAGCGAUCGGACAAGGAAAAAACCACUUUUAAUGCCAUUGAAAAAUAUAGGUGUGUGGUCUCUGAAAAACUAUAUUGAAACACCUAACAACUAAAAAUCAUAUUACCUAGCAAUACUGCUAAUAACGGUAAUUCAAUCGAGUGAUCCGCGUCAAAAAGAUUAAUUGGAGACGGGGAUAGGAUCAUAUAUAUUCGGAAAACUGGGCGAACCUCUGAAACAUUUCUCACUGCCUAGAGUUACUCUCUGUCGGUAAAAAGUAAUUGGAAUUUUUUCAAGAAAUAUUCGUUUUUAUUUACCUUUGCCUACUGUUACGCUCAAUUGGUAAAGGAAAAACAAAGCAAAACAAAACAAAAACCACAACAGCUUAAUCACUAUCACGAACUCCGAGUUUUUAUUGCUAGGAAUGGUUAACGUGCUUAUUCUUUUCCUACUCUAUGUCAGGCCUUUUUGAUAUCCUUUUUUAGUAGUCUGAUAUAUUUUGCUUUACUCAUACAGAUUGCACCUUGGUCAGAAAUUGCAUGCCACAAAGUUGUCGACCUUCCCCGCAAAGAAGGUACAUGUGAUCUGACACUUAUCAAACUAUGAGAUAGAAUUAAGUUCAUUCACUGCAUGAUGUAUAAUUACUAGAGAUAAUCACUGAUUACGGAUCCGCGUUCGUCACUUACGGAGACGAAAUCGAGUCAAAAUGAGUCCAAUUUCCCGGCCGAUAUGCCCCUGGAAAAUUAAAUUAAAAGGUCCGUCUAAUCAACAGUCGCCCGAAAUAGCUCGAAAAUUCUGCCUUUAUGUCACAUGAACACCAGCUUAGGAUGCGUUCUGACGAAUACUGGCAGUCACGAUCCCACUGAUGUCGAAAUAUCUUUUAAGAUAUAUAGAAAUGUAGGGGUGGGGGAUGUGGAGGGGGUUUUAUAUAUAUAGAUAGAUAUAUACUUUUGUUCCUUUGCACGUGCGCCCGUGUGCAUUUUUCACUUGUUAUUGUCCAACUUGUGAAAAACUCGGUUGAACGAUACAUUUUUUCGUCGUCGGCUUUUUUGUUCCAAUGUGACAUGUCGUUUUGAGUUUUUUUUAGAAAAAUACAUGCGCCCUACGAUACAAAUUUGCAAUGGCGAAUUAUAUAGCUGAUUUUGGGAAUGAGGAAAAUAUCCCACGAAGCAGCCGAUCCGCGAGUUAUACGGCGUCACCGAAUUGGUAGGCCAAAUGCCAUGGCAUCUGUAGCAAGUGACGAAGCAUUUUUAUUGAUGGAGUGUAUUAAAAAAAUGCGCUGACCAGGGGCGUGCUUAAGAGAAACUGUAAACUAACUUGAAAGGAUUUGUGGCCUAGAGUGUAUUCUGUCUUCAAUGGGACGUUGCCUUACAGGCCGUGAUUUUACACGAAAAAAGGUGAGACAUUAAGAUAUAUGACCAGCUCAUCAUGGUUAUGAUAAGGUCUGCUUCUAUGAACUUCGUCAACGUCUUAGUCCGUUUUAAUCAACUGCUACAAUAUUGUUGCUCCUUCCCACAUAUCCAAUAUGGAUAUCCACGGUCACAUCUUCCUUCUCAGCGGUUUCGAAAACACAUUUUUUUUCAUUUCAUCUGCGUUUUUCCCCUUAUCCUGUAACGACAACAAUUAUAUGACCUACAAGUGACCGAAUUCCUCAUUUUUUUAAUUUUCAAGAGAAUGCAAAUCAAGAGAAUUGCAGACAAUAUCCGUCCAUUAUUUUUUCAAUUGACAAAUUGGAACAAAGAACCUGACGAACAAAAAAUUUAUGGUUGAACCAAGUUUUUCACAUGCAAAUUGGACAAUAACAAGUGAAUGCACACUGGUGCACGUGCAAGAGAACAAAAGUAUAUAUAUAUAUCUAUCUAUAUAUCUCUCUGUAUGAAAACCUUUUUAAAAACGGGUGUAUAUAUAUAUAUAUAUAUAUAUGUAUAUAUAUAUACACCCGUUUUCAAAAAGGUUUUCAUAGAGAGAGAUAUAUAGAUAGAUACAUAGUUUUGUUUUGUUGCACGUGUGCCCGUGCGCAUUUUUCACUUCGUAUUGUCCAACUUGUGAAAAAACUCGCCUCAACGAUAAAUUCUCUCCUUGUCAGGUUCUUUGUUCCAAUUUGUCAAUACAAAAGAGAAUGCACGAAUAUUGUCUACAAUUCACUUGAUUUGCAUUCUUUUGAAAGUUAAAGAAUGCGGAAUUCGGUCAGUUGUAGGUCAUAUAAUUGUUGUAUUUACAGGAUAAGGAUAAAAUCAUCAAAGAUUUUCAUUUUUAUAACAACGCAGAUGAAAUGAAAAAAAAGUGUUUUCGAAACCGCUGAUUUUUUUUUUUUUUUUCGGAGAAGGAAGAUGUGACGGUGGAUGUCGAUAUUGGAUAUGUGGGAAGGAGCAAAAAUGUCAUAGCAGUUGAUUAAAACGGACCAAGACGUUGACUAGGUUCAUAGAAGUAGAUUUUACCAUAACCAUGAUGAGCGGGUCAUACAUAUUAAUGUCUCACCCAGUUUUUUCGUGUAAAAUCAUGGCCUGUAAGGCAACGUCUCACUGAAGACAGAAUAAACUCUCGGCCACAAAUGCUUUCAAGUUAGUUUAAAGUUUCUCUUAAGCACGCCCUUGGUCAGCGCAUUUUUUUUAAUACACUCCAUCAAUAAAAAUGCUUCGUCACUUGCUAGAGAUACCAUGUGAGACAUUAAGAUAUAUGACCAGCUCGUCAUGGCUAUGACAAAGUCUGCUUCUAUGGACCUCGUCAACGUCUUAGUCCGUUUUAAUCAACUGCCAAAUAUCACUACAAAUCAUGCUAUUACCUAUACAAAUUUUCUUUUCGUCAGGUUCUUUGUUCCAAUUUGUCAAUUAAAAAAAAUAAUGCACGAACAUUGUCUGCAAUUCUCUUGAUUUGCAUCCUCUUGAAAAUUAAAGAAUGAAGAAUUCGGUUACUUGUAGGUCAUAUAAUUGUUGUCGUUACAGGAUAAGGGGAAAAACAUCAAAGAUUUUCAUUUGUAAAACAACGCAGAUGAAAUGAAAAAAAAUGUGUUUUCGAAAUAGCUGAGAAGGAAGAUGUGACGGUGGAUGUCCAUAUUGGACAUGUGGGAAGGAGCAACAAUAUCAUUUAUACAAAUGUAGCAGUUGAUUAAAACGGACUAAGACGUUGACGAGGUUUAUAGAAGCAGACUUUAUCAUAACCAUGAUGAGCUGGUCAUAUAUCUUAAUGUCUCACCUUUUUUGUGUGUAAAAUCACGGCCUGUAAGGCAACGUCUCAUUGAAGACAGAAUAAACUCUCGCCCACAAAUGCUUUCAAGUUAGUUUACAGUUUCUCUUAAGCACGCUCCUGGACGGGGCAUUUUUUAAAACACUCCAUUAAUAAAAAUGCUUCGUCACUUUCUACAAAUGCCAUGGCAUUUGGCCUACCAAUUCGGUGACGCCGUAUAACUCGCGGAUCGGCUGCUUCGUGGGAUAUUUUCCUCAUUCCCAAAAUCAGCUAUAUAAUUCGCCAUUGCAAAUUUGUAUCGUAGGGGGCAUGUAUUUUUCUAAAAAAAACUCAAAACGACAUGUCAAAUUGGAACAAAAAACCCGACGACGAAAAAAUGUAUCGUUGAACCGAGUUUUUCACAAGUUGGACAAUAACGAGUGAGAUAUUCACUUUUGUUUUCUUGCACGUGCGCCCGUGCGCAUUUUCACUUCUUAUUGUCCAACUAGUAAAAAAAAUCGGUUCAACGAUAAACUCUCUCUUGGUAAGGUUUUUUGUUCCAAUUUGUCAAUAAAAAAGAGAAUGCACGAAUAUUGUCUGCAAUUCUCUUGAUCUGCAUUCUUUUGAAAAUUAAAGAAUGCCGAAUUCGGUCAGUUGUAGGCCAUAUCAUUGUUGUAGUUGCAGGAUCUUACAGGAUAAGAAGAAAAUCAUCAAAGAUUUUCAUUUUUACCACAAGGCAGAUGAAAUGAAAAAAAAAAAGUGUUUUCGAAACCGCUAUUUUUUUUUCUGAGAGGGAAGAUAUGACGGUCAAUGUAGAUAUUGGAUAUGAGGGAAGGAGCAAAAAUAUCAUAGCAGUUUAUUAAAACGGACCAAGACGUUGACUGGGUUCAUGGAAGUAGAUUUUAUCAUAACCAUGAUGAGCGGCUCAUAUAUAUUAAUGUCUCACCUUUUUUUGUGUAAAAUCACGGCCUGCAAGGCAACGUCUCACUGAAGACAGAAUAAACUCUCGGCCACAAAUGGUUUCAAGUUAGUUUAACAGUUUCUCUUAAGCAUGCCCCUGGACAGCGCAUUUUUUAAUACACCCUGUCAAUAAAAAUGCUUUGCCACUUGCUUCAGAUGCCAUGACAUUUGGCCUAUCAAUUCGGUGAAGCCGCAUAACUCGGCUGCCUCGCCAUUUCAAAUUGCAGGGCGGAUGCUCUUUUCUAAAAAAACUCAAACGACAUGUUCUUUUCAAAUUGGAACAAAGAACCCGACGAAGAAAAAAAUUUUCGUUGAACCGAGUUUUUUCAAAAGUCGGACAAUAGCAAAUGAAAAUUGCUCACGGGCGCACGUGCAAGAAAACAAAAGUAUAUAUCUAUCUAUAUAUCUCUCUAUAUGAAAACCUUUUAUAUAUAUAUUACGCCCUUCCCAUUACUGGGCUUAUCUUGAUUGCUUGUGUUUCAGAUAAUGACUUAGCGACCUCAGCCAUUGCAUUGGCGUUUACUGAUAAUUCUCUUGAUAAUGAGUAAUAAUGAGUAAACGAACUCAGGCAAUAUAUAGUGGUUAUAGGACUGAGUGGAGUCCAAUUCAGUCUCUAAUAAUGUUAUAACCAAAAUCGGACGACAGCGUAGCGGGAGAUUUUGUCACGAGUAUGAUCAGUAAUGGUAACAGGUGUGUGUGGAGUACAAUUACUUAAACAUGACUGUCCUAAGGCCGAAAUCAGGGCAGUUGAUAGCCAAUCAGAUUUGAAAAUUUUGUUAAAGUAAAUCAUUACAGAUCGAAUUGGCCACGCGAAGUUCUGUUAUCAAUUAAUCAUGACUUUAACAAAAUUUGUGCUAUUUUAGGCUUUUUAAAAUCAAAACACUAGAAAUUCCGGCUGAGAGCUUUUUGCAAGCAGAAAAAAAAGUAAUUUAAGCGAGCGCGUACUGUCCACGUGACCCGUUACAGUCUCGUUUUUUCUAAGUGAUUACUAUUAUCCUUAACAUUGAUACCCUAAACAUAUUUUAUUAUGUCAAUAGAGAAAAGAAAAAUCUAAUGGGGAUCUGCUUUUCAGCACACUAUUUAAUUUGAGCGAUUUUACAAAACUAAUUUCGUCAUAUGACAUUUGUUACUACUUUUCAGAAUCGCCUUCAACGAUCUCGGAAAAUCACAGCAAUUUUCCUGCUGCUUUCGCAUUGGUGGAAAAGGCAACGAAACCAGGAAGUGCUAUGACAGUCCUUGCUGUUAGUCACUAA